AUGCUUUGUUUCAGGUCACUACCACAGAUGUCAGCAUUAUCAGCUUGCAUUUUGGGGAAUGGUGUAUCUACCCGGAAUACUGGGGCAGGUUUGAGCAAGGGAUUUUAUGGCAGGCAUGUUUUUACUUCUUCUAGCAUUCCAUCAAAUGGUAAGGCAUCAAAAGCAGCCAUUGUAAAAGCAUCUCUGGACCAAAGGCAGCAUGAAGGAAGAAGAGGCUUUCUAAAGUUGUUGCUGGGAAAUGUGGGACUUGGUGUACCUGCCUUAUUAAGUAGUGGAAAGGCAUAUGCAGAUGAGCAAGGGGUUUCUAACUCAAGAAUGUCUUACUCUAGAUUUUUGGAGUAUUUGGACAAGGAUAGGGUAAAGAAAGUAGAUUUAUUUGAGAAUGGGACCAUAGCUAUUGUUGAGGCUGUUUCUCCAGAGUUGGGAAACCGGGUGCAGAGGGUCCGCGUGCAACUCCCAGGACUCAGCCAGGAGCUCCUUCAGAAGUUCAGGGAAAAGAACAUCGACUUUGCUGCACACAAUGCUCAAGAGGACUCUGGUUCAUUGUUAUUCAACUUGAUUGGAAAUCUGGCUUUCCCACUGAUCCUGAUUGGGGGUUUGUUCCUUCUAUCAAGGCGCUCCUCCGGAGGAAUGGGUGGACCUGGUGGGCCUGGUUUCCCCCUUUCCUUUGGUCAGUCAAAAGCUAAGUUCCAGAUGGAACCAAACACUGGAGUAACUUUCGAUGAUGUUGCUGGAGUAGACGAAGCAAAGCAGGAUUUUAUGGAAGUUGUGGAGUUUUUGAAGAAGCCUGAAAGGUUUACUGCUGUCGGGGCUCGCAUUCCUAAGGGGGUUCUUCUUGUUGGUCCUCCAGGAACUGGGAAAACCCUGCUAGCCAAGGCGAUUGCUGGUGAAGCAGGUGUUCCGUUUUUCUCAAUAUCUGGUUCUGAGUUUGUUGAGAUGUUUGUUGGUGUUGGUGCCUCUCGAGUCCGUGAUCUUUUCAAGAAGGCCAAGGAGAAUGCUCCCUGCAUUGUAUUUGUUGAUGAAAUUGAUGCUGUUGGACGUCAAAGAGGAACUGGAAUUGGAGGUGGUAAUGAUGAAAGGGAACAGACCCUUAACCAGCUCCUGACAGAAAUGGAUGGUUUUGAAGGAAACACUGGUAUCAUUGUAGUUGCAGCAACUAAUCGUGCAGACAUUCUUGACUCUGCCUUACUCAGGCCAGGGCGGUUUGAUAGACAGGUAACUGUUGAUGUUCCAGAUAUUCGGGGGAGGACAGAGAUCUUAAAGGUUCAUGCCAGCAAUAAGAAGUUUGAUGCAGAUGUGUCUCUUGACGUCGUAGCCAUGAGAACACCUGGUUUUAGUGGAGCAGACCUUGCAAACCUCUUAAAUGAGGCAGCCAUAUUGGCUGGUCGACGUGGAAAGACAGCGAUCUCACCUAAAGAGAUUGAUGAUUCGAUUGACCGGAUAGUAGCUGGAAUGGAAGGGACAGUUAUGACAGACGGGAAGAGCAAAAGUCUGGUGGCCUACCAUGAAGUUGGCCAUGCCAUUUGUGGCACUCUUACUCCAGGGCAUGAUCCUGUCCAAAAAGUCACCCUGGUACCCCGUGGUCAGGCACGAGGUCUGACCUGGUUUAUUCCGGCAGAUGACCCUACCUUGAUCUCCAAGCAACAACUCUAUGCUAGAAUUGUUGGUGGACUUGGUGGAAGAGCUGCUGAGGAAGUGAUCUUUGGUGAGCCUGAGGUGACCACAGGUGCAGGUGGUGAUUUGCAGCAGAUUACUAGCUUGGCCAAGCAGAUGGUGGUCACUUUUGGCAUGUCUGAAAUUGGCCCAUGGUCGCUUAUGGACUCAUCGGCUCAGAGCGGUGAUGUCAUUAUGAGAAUGAUGGCGAGGAAUUCAAUGUCUGAAAGGCUUGCCGAAGAUAUCGAUGCUGCCGUUAAGAGGAUUUCAGAUGGUGCAUAUGAGAUUGCCUUGACCCUUAUAAGGAACAAUCGCGAGGCAAUUGAUAAGAUAGUGGAAGUCCUCCUUGAGAAGGAGACGAUGACUGGAGAUGAAUUUCGCGCAAUUCUUUCUGAGUUUGCCGAAAUUCCUGCUGAAAAUCGGGUUCUUCCUUCAGUACCAUCUCCAGUUACUGUAUGAUAGCAAAAAUAUAUUGUAGCUUUUAUUUUAUACUUGUUCACACAUCUUUGGAUGAUUUGUAUAAUUUAUAACCUUUGGUUGUAGUAUAUAGGAAGAAUACCAAAAUUUUCAUAAUCUCUUGUAUUCUAUCCAAGACUUUGUAACUCAAUAGCUAGUGUGAGCAAAGGUUGAAAACAGGUUGAUCUGUCAGUUCAUUGUCCAUUUUCACGGUCUCACCUUGUGCUUUGAUCACCCAACUUAGCUUUACCGCAAUGACUU